AUGUCGACCGAAAUGGACGUCGACACCGCCCCUCCAACCGAUCCCAAAAACGGGACCUCGUCCCCUACUGACACCAAAAAGUCGUCUGCCAAUGCAGGCGCCGAGGCUCGCACCGCUCAAAACGCCGUCGCCGUCCGCAGUAUCGAGGGUUGGAUCGUGAUCGCGACCAACAUCCACGAGGAAGCCACUGAGGAGGACAUCCACGACCUCUUUGCCGAGUACGGGGACAUCAAGAACUUGCAUUUGAAUUUGGAUCGGAGGACGGGGUACGUCAAGGGCUACGUCCUGAUUGAAUACCCUACCCAAGUCGAAGCGCAGGCCGCCAUCAAGGCUCUAGACGGCGCAAAACUGCUCGACCAGACCAUCUCUGUCGACUACGCCUUCGUCCGCCCGCCACCAAAGGAUAAAGGAAGCCGUGCCAGCGGCGUCGCAACAAAGGGCCGUGGCGCCGGGGGCAGAGGCGGGAGGAGUCGAAGCCGCAGCAGGUCACGGAGUAGGAGCAAGAGCAAGAGCAGAAGCCGGAGUCGGAGCCGCGACCGCGACAGAGACAGGCGAAGGGAUCCCCGUGACGAGGACAAAAUGGACAGAGAUUGA